AGCGUAAGUUAACUGUGUUUUGAGCCAGAGCCAUAAUAAACAAACGAUGUAUAAGGAGGCAUUUGGAAUGACAGCCUGAACGCAACAAAAAGCCAAGUCUUAUGUCACUGGACACGCCACACAUCACGAUGUUUUAUGCCCAAAUCUUCACCUCCAAACGAAGCACAUUAGCCAAGAUAUGGCUGGCAGCCCACUGGGAGAAGAAAGUAACCAAAGCACACGUGUUUGAAUGCGACCUAGAGACCACCAUAAAGGAGAUCCUGUCGCCCCAGAUGAAAGUUGGUCUGCGAACUUCAGGGCACCUUCUUUUAGGAGUUGUCCGGAUAUACUCCAGGAAGACCAGAUACCUUCUCACAGACUGCAGUGAUGCAUUGGUCAAAAUUAAAGUGGCUUUCAGGCCAGGUGAAUGCAGCCUCGCCCCAGGACCCAUAAAGUGA